CACCACGCUCUCCCCCGAGGAGGCGGCCAACCGCCGCCGCCACCAGGACCUCAUCGAGGAGACCGUCGCCGUCGGCAUGAUGUUCGCGUCCAAGGCCUUCGUGCAGCUGCUCGCCAACCCCAUCGUCGGGCCGCUCACGCACAAGAUCGGAUACAGCAUUCCAAUGUUUACGGGCUUUGUCAUCAUGUUCCUGUCCACACUGAUCUUCGCGUUCGGGCGCACGUACAGCGUGCUGUUCAUGGCUCGCGCGCUGCAAGGCAUCGGCAGCUCGUGCUCCAGCGUGUCGGGCAUGGGCAUGCUGGCCGAGCGCUACCCCGACGACAAGGAGCGCGGCAACGCCAUGGGCAUCGCCCUGGGCGGGCUCGCCCUCGGCGUGCUCAUCGGCCCGCCCUUCGGCGGCGUCAUGUACGAGUUCGUCGGCAAGUCCGCGCCCUUCCUCAUCCUCUCGGCGCUCGCCCUCGGCGACGGACUGUUGCAGCUGCUGGUCCUGCAGCCGGGCGUGGUGCGCCAGGAGUCGGACCCGCCCUCACUCAAGGCUCUCGUCAUGGACCCGUACAUCAUCAUCGCUGCCGGCGCCAUCACCUUCGCCAACAUGGGCAUCGCCAUGCUGGAGCCCUCGCUGCCCAUCUGGAUGAUGGACACGAUGCGGGCGGACCGCUGGGAGCAGGGCGUGACCUUCCUGCCCGCCAGCAUCUCCUACCUCAUCGGCACCAACCUCUUCGGCCCGCUGGGGCACCGCAUGGGCAGGUGGUUGGCUUCACUUCUAGGCCUAAUUAUCAUCGGUGUCUGUCUCAUGUGCAUCCCAUUGGCCAAGAGCAUCAACGACCUGAUCGUGCCCAACGCCGGCCUGGGCUUCGCCAUCGGCAUGGUGGACAGCUCCAUGAUGCCCGAGCUGGGCUACCUCGUCGACAUCCGCCACUCGGCCGUCUACGGCAGCGUGUACGCCAUCGGGGACGUCGCCUUCUGCCUGGGCUUCGCCAUCGGCCCGGCCAUGAGCGGCACUCUGGUCAACACCAUCGGCUUCGAGUGGAUGCUGGUGGGCAUCGCCAUCCUCAACUUCCUGUACGCGCCGCUCAUGUACCUGCUGCGCAACCCCCCCACCAAGGAGGAGAAGCGGGGGUAUAGUAACAUCCAAGCUGCACUGUGUCGCAACCAAUGCCACAGCCCACACCCGCGCCGUGCCGUGCCGUGCCGUGCCGUGCCGUGCCGUGCCGUGCAGUGCCGUGUCGUGCCGUACCGUGCCGUGUCGUGCCGUGCUGCGCUGCGUCGAGCCGCGAGGUCGUGGGUGGCUCGCCAGCCGCGCGCCCGCGUCCGCGCUGGCGCCCGCUAUGGUGUAUCGCUAUUGUUUUAUGGUGGCCACGACAUCCCUAAACGUUCCUUGCGCGCCCACGCCUACGACAACACAGAAAAUGUUGCUAAAAAGUAA